AUGCGCCAGAGCAAAGACCAAUCAGGCCUACAAGACAGGCUAAUGCCAAAGCAUGUGCCAGAAGAAAAGGGCAAACCGCUCCACAAGAAAGGCCAAAGCAUGUGCCAGAAGAAAAGGGCAAACCGCCCCACAAGAAAGGCCACAGUAUGUGCCAGCAAAAAGGGCCAACCAGCCCACAAGAAAGACCACAGUAUGUGCCAGCAAAAAUGGCUAACUAUCCUACAAGAGAGGCCAAAGUAUGCGCCAGAGCAAACGUCAAUGCGGCCCACAAGAAAGGCUAAUGCUCCAAAUGCGCACCAGAGAAAAAAAGGCUUUUCAGAGACCCUCAAGGUCACUGUCAAGAUUCAAAGCCAAAUCAAGAUAGAUAUCAAGCCAAGGUCCAUUGCUAUGUCCAAGUCCAAGUCCAAAUCCAAUUCCAAGUCUUGUCCAAGUCCAAGUCCAAAUGUCCAAAAACUGUCCAAGUACUGUUCUAGUACUAGUCCUAGCACUCAAACAUAUACAAACAAAUAG